ACAUCCACAGCAACAACUGAAUCACAUUCCUCAGCCUCAACCCAAACCACAAAAGGAGAAACAGGAACUACCAAGACUAGUCAUCCCACAACAGCAAUCAAUCCCACCACAAGUACAGAGGUCUCACCCAGUUCCCCAUCUAUAUUGUCUCCAGUAACUACUCAUUUCACUCAAACAGCACCUGAACACAAAAGUCAAACAACACCAAAUACUACCAGCACAACUCAACUCCCACUGACUACCCAUGAAACAUCUACAACAAUAAUGUCCUCAUCAACAGAGCAACAUUCCACAUCUCCUACGACAAUAACAUCCACAGCAACAACUGAAUCACAUUCCUCAGCCUCAACCCAAACCACAAAAGGAGAAACAGGAACUACCAAGACUAGUCAUCCCACAACAGCAAUCAAUCCCACCACAAGUACAGAGGUCUCACCCAGUUCCCCAUCUAUAUUGUCUCCAGUAACUAGUCAUUUCACUCAAACAGCACCUGAACACAAAAGUCAAACAACACCAAAUACUACCAGCACAACUCAACUCCCACUGACUACCCAUGAAACAUCUACAACAAUAAUGUCCUCAUCAACAGAGCAACAUUCCACAUCUCCUACGACAAUAACAUCCACAGCAACAACUGAAUCACAUUCCUCAGCCUCAACCCAAACCACAAAAGGAGAAACAGGAACUACCAAGACUAGUCAUCCCACAACAGCAAUCAAUCCCACCACAAGUACAGAGGUCUCACCCAGUUCCCCAUCUAUAUUGUCUCCAGUAACUAGUCAUUUCACUCAAACAGCACCUGAACACAAAAGUCAAACAACACCAAAUACUACCAGCACAACUCAACUCCCAUUGACUACCCAUGAAACAUCUACAACAAUAAUGUCCUCAUCAACAGAGCAACAUUCCACAUCUCCUACGACAAUAACAUCCACAGCAACAACUGAAUCACAUUCCUCAGCCUCAACCCAAACCACAAAAGGAGAAACAGGAACUACCAAGACUAGUCAUCCCACAACAGCAAUCAAUCCCACCACAAGUACAGAGGUCUCACCCAGUUCCCCAUCUAUAUUGUCUCCAGUAACUAGUCAUUUCACUCAAACAGCACCUGAACACAAAAGUCAAACAACACCAAAUACUACCAGCACAACUCAACUCCCACUGACUACCCAUGAAACAUCUACAACAAUGAUGUCCUCAUCAACAGAGCAACAUUCCACAUCUCCUACGACAGUAACAUCAACAGCAACAACUGAAUCACAUUCCUCAGCCUCAACCCAAACCACAAAAGGAGAAACAGGAACUACCAAGACUAAUCAUCCCACAACAGCAAUCAAUCCCACCACAAAAACAGAGGUCUCAUCAAGUGCACCACCCACAUUGCCUAAAAAUACUACUCAUUUCACUCAAACAGCACCUGAACACAAAAGUCAAACAACACCAAAUACUACCAGCACAACUCAACUCCCACUGACUACCCAUGAAACAUCUACAACAAUAAUGUCCUCAUCAACAGAGCAACAACCUACAUCUCCUACGACAAUAAAACCCACAUCAAGUACUGUAUUACCUUCCUCAUCCUCAACUCUCACCACAAAUGGCAACACAGAGACUACCAGAAGUAAACAUUCCACAGCAACAACCAAUUCCUCUCCAAAUAUAGAGGUCUCACCAAGUUCCCCAUCUACAAUAGCUCCAAUAACUACCCAAUUCACUCAAACAUCACCUGAACACAAAAGUCCAACAACACCAAAUACUACCAGCACAACUCAGCUCCCACUGACUACCCAUGAAACAUCUACAACAAUCAUGUCCUCAUCAACCAAGCAACAUUCCACAAUUGCUACGACGAUUACACCCCCAGCAACUACUAAAUCUCUGACAUCAGUGAAGAUCUCUCGCACCACAAAAUCAACAACAAUCACUCCAUCAACAUCUACCAGUGUUCUGUUUUCAAGUACUACUGUGACUGUGAUAUCAUCUACAACUCCUCAGUGUGAGGAAUGUCAAAGAAAUUGUUUCAGAGGUACUUGCAAAUUCAACUCAACACUUGGAGAAUGCCAGUGCAACUGUAAAGAUUUUCUCCUUGGACAUACGUGCUCUUUUGGAAAGAAUGACACCCCUGCUCAUGUCGAUAAAACAACAAUACCAACUCACAAAGCAAACAUUACUUUGAAAAUCAAUGAGACGUUUACGGUGGACUUUAAAAAUCUAACAUCAAAUCUAUCAUUAGACUUCAUUGAGAAAUUAGAGCGGGAGCUCGAAGCCCUAUGCAGAGAAGCAGAUCCACAAACAUUCAAAAAAGUUAAAGUCAUCAACUUAUCACCAGGAAGUGUUGUUGCAGAGAGCCAGGCAGAGUACAAUUAUACAAACAAUGAAACUCAAAUCCAGUUUGUCAAUACUCAGCUUGAUGGGGUUUUGACUGAUAUCUUGAAUAAUACAAGUAACCUCAAGAAGAUUUCUCAGGCCUUUAAUAAUUCAACGGUGCUGUUAAAUGGACUCACCUUCCAGAAACCUGAGAUUAAAAAUAUCACAGAUCUGAAGCCUUUUAUAAAUUGCUCUCAGUUCGCUAAUUACACUGCUGAAAUAAUUAACGAGCAAUGGCAGUGUGUUGGACCCUGCAAAACAAACCCCGAUUAUUGUCAUCAACAUGGACAAUGUCUCAAUGACAUUGAGAAAGGGCCAACCUGUCGGUGUUUCAACUCAAGUCUUGGGCAGUUUUUUGGCCCACAGUGUGAAUUCUUCCAUCCGACUCCCAGCACAACUCAGCUCCCAGUGACUAGCCAGGAAACAUCUACAACUAUGAUCUCCCCAACAACAGAACAAUUAACAUCUGUUACGAAGACAACACCCACAGCAACAACUGAAUUUACAGCCUCUGUACUCUCCACAAAUGGAGAAACGGGAACUACCAACAUUAAUCACUCCACAACAACAAUAAACCCCCCAACAAGUACAGAGGUCUCACCAAGUUCACACUCCACAGUCCUCCCACUAACUACUCAUUUCACUCAAACAUCACCUGAACACAAAACUGAAACAACACUGACAAAUACGACUCAGCUCCAAUUGACUACCCAGGAAACAUCUACGACAAUGAUGUCCUCAUCGACAAUGCAACAUUCCACAUCUCCUACGACAAUAACACCCACAGCAACAACUGAAUCACAUUUCUCAGCCUCAACCCAAACCACAAAAGGAGAAACAGGAACUACCAACACUAAUCAUCCCACAACAACAAUCAAUCCCACCACAGGUACAGAAGUCUCACUGAGUUCCCCAUCUAUAUUGUCUCCUACUACAUCUCACUCCACUCAAACAACAACUGAACACAAAAUUGAAACAACACCAACAAAUACCAGCACAACUCAUCUCCCACUGACUAGCCAGGGAACACCUACAACAAUCAUGUCCUCGUCAACAGAACAACAAUCAACAUCUGCUACAAAGACAACACCCGCAGCAACAACUGAAUCUCUGACAUCAGCGAAAAUCACCAGCACAACCAAAUCAACAACAGUCAGUCGAUCAACAUCUACCAUUAUUACCUCUUCAAGUCCUACUGUCACUGUGCCAUCGUCUACAACUCCUCAGUGUGAGGGCUGUAAAACUAACUGUAUCGGGGGUAUCUGCAUAUUCAACUCAACAGUUGGAGAAUGUCAGUGCAACUGUUUUGAUUUUCUCCUUGGAGAUACGUGCUCUUUUGGAAAGAAUGACACCCCUGCUCAUGUUGAUACAGGAGCAAUACCAACACACAAAGCAAAUAUUACUUUGAAAAUCAACGUCACUUUUCAGGUGGCCUUUAACAAUCUAAACUCACCUCAGUCAUUAGCCUUCAUCAACAAAUUAGAAAAGGAGCUUGAAGCCCUAUGCAAAGAAGCAGAUCCACAAACCUUCAAAAAAGUUAAAGUCAUCAACUUAUCACCAGGAAGUGUUGUUGCAGAGAGCCAGGCAGAGUACAUUUAUCCAAACAAUGAAACACAAAUCCAGUUUGUCAAUACUCAGCUUGAUGGGGUUUUGACUGAUAUCUUGAAUAAUACAAGUAACCUCAAGAAGAUUUCUCAGGCCUUUAAUAAUUCAACGGUGCUGUUAAAUGGACUCACCUUCCAGAAACCUGAAAUUAAAGAUAUCCAAGAUCUGGAGCCUUUUAUAAACUGCUCUCAGUUCUCUAAUUACACUGCUGAAAUAAUUAACGAGCAAUGGCAGUGUGUUGGACCCUGCAAAACAAACCCCGAUUACUGUCAUCAACAUGGACAAUGUCUCAAUGACAUCGAGAAAGGGCCAACCUGUCGGUGUUUCAACUCAAGUCUUGGGCAGUUUUUUGGCCCACAGUGUGAAUUCUUCCAUCCGGCUCCCAGCACAACUCAGCUCCCAGUGACUAGCCAGGAAACAUCUCCAACUAUGAUCUCCCCAACAACAGAACAAUUAACAUCUGUUACGAAGACAACACCCACAGCAACAACUGAAUUUACAGCCUCUGUACUCUCCACAAAUGGAGAAACGGGAACUACCAACACUAAUCACUCCACAACAACAAUAAACCCCCCAACAAGUACAGAGGUCUCACCAAGUUCACACUCCACAGUCCUCCCACUAACUACUCAUUUCACUCAAACAUCACCUGAACACAAAACUGAAACAACACUGACAAAUACAACUCAGCUCCAAUUGACUACCCAGGAAACAUCUACAAUAAUGAUGUCCUCAUCAGCAGAGCAACAUUCCACAUCUCCUACGACAAUAACAUCCACAGCAACAACUGAAUCACAUUUCUCAGCCUCAACCCAAACCACAAAUGAAGAAACAGGAACUACCAGCGCUAAUCAUCUCACAACAACAACAACAACAAUUAAUCCCACCACAGGUACAGAGGUCUCACCGAGUUCCCCAUCUAUAUUGCCUCCUAAUAUGUCUCACUCCACUCAAAAAACAACUGAACACAAAAUUGAAACAACACCAACAAAUACCAGCAUAACUCAUCUCUCAAUGACUAGCCAGGAAACAUCUACGACAAUGAUGUCCUCAUCGACAACACAACAACCUGCAUCUCCUAUGACAAUAAAACCCACAACAAGUACUGAAUUACCUUCCUCAACUCAUCUCCCACUGACUAGCCAGGGAACAUCUACAACAAUCAUGUCCUCGUCUACAGAACAACAAUCAACAUCUGCUACAAAGACAACACCCACAGCAACAACUAAAUCUCUGACAUCAGCGAAAAUCACCAGCACAACCAAAUCAACAACAGUCAGUCGAUCAACAUCUACCAUUAUUACCUCUUCAAGUCCUACUGUCACUGUGCCAUCGUCUACAACUCCUCAGUGUGAGGACUGUAAAACUAACUGUAUCGGGGGUAUCUGCAAAUUCAACUCAACACUUGGAAAAUGUCAGUGCAACUGUUUUGAUUUUCUCCUUGGAGAUACGUGCUCUUUUGGAAAGAAUGACACCCCUGCUCAUGUUGAUACAGGAGCAAUACCAACACACAAAGCAAACAUUACUAUGAAAAUCAGCGUCACUUUUCAGGUGGCCUUUAACAAUCUAAACUCACCUCAGUCAUUAGCCUUCAUCAACAAAUUAGAAAAGGAGCUUGAAGCCCUGUGCAGAGAAGCAGAUCCACAAACCUUUGAAAAAGUAAAAGUCAUCAAGUUGUCACCAGGAAGUGUUGUUGCAGAGAGCCAGGCGGAGUACAUUUAUCCAAACAAUGAAACACAAAUCCAGUUUGUGAACAAUAAGCUUGAUGGGGUGUUGACUGAUAUCUUGAAUAAUACAAGUAACCUCAAGAAGAUUUCUCAGGCCUUUAAUAAUUCAAAGGUGCUGUUAAAUGGACUCACCUUCCAGAAACCUGAGAUUAAAAAUAUCACAGAUCUGAAGCCUUUUAUAAACUGCUCGGAGUUUGCUAAUUACACUGCUGAAAUUGUUAAUGGACAGUGGCAGUGUGUUGGACCCUGCAAAACAAACCCCAAUUACUGUCAUCAACACGGAGAAUGUCACAAUGACAUUGAGAAAGGGCCAGUCUGUCAGUGCUUCAGUUCUAGCCUUGAGCAGUUUCAUGGCUCACAGUGUGAACUCUUCCGUCGAGGUCCAGGUUUUUGGGGUGCACUGUUUGGAUCAUUGGCAGGAGCCCUACUGCUCUUCAUUAUCAUCGUCAUUGCCGUCAUUGUUAAAAAGAGAUGUACUGGCUCUUGGAAAAGAAGUAACCCCUAUGACAGAAGACUGUCUGCUUUUGAGGAAGAUUUCUUUGACUUCUCUGAUACAGGAGAUCACAACUUGGGGUUUGCAGGCACUUACACAUCUGAAGGUUUCAGGCCACAUCUAAAAAAUGUUGACACCCGAAUGCAGGCCACAACAAAACGUCCAGAGGUUGGGAACAUCGACCCAAGAUGAAGGCUACAGGCCGCAAGAUUUUGUUUUAAUUAUAAUGGUUUUCCAUGGUAGCAAUAAAGAAAAUUACAGAUCAGUGAGCUACCAACUUUUUAUUGUACAUGAUUUAAUAUACGAGUAAUUUGUUGUUAUGAUAUUUGACUUUAUUUAUAUUCAUUUUAAUUAACUGUAACCUCUUGUGCUCUUAAAUACAAAUUAAGAUGCCAAUUCAGACUCCAGUUAUUUCACACCACACAAUAGCCGUUUGU